AUGUCAUUCAGAUUUCUAACAGCAAUCUUAGCCUACUUUCUAGCUCACAUCGCAGCUGGUGCGGCAGCUUCCAACGAUGUUGCGUUCAUCUAUCAAGGAUUUCAAUCAUCACAUCUAAGCCUGUAUGGAUUAGCCACAGUCACCAAUAAUGGCCUCCUGCGGAUAACCAACACCACCAAAUUACAGACGGGGCAUGCCUUCUAUCCUAAUCCCAUCAAUUUCAAGAGCACAUCUAAUGGUUCAGCUUUCUCCUUUUCCACCCAAUUUGUGUUUGCUAUGGUACCUGAAGUCUCAGGCGUGGUCAGUCCGGGAAUGGUUUUCGUGAUUGCACCAACAAGAAUCGUUACACGAGGGCCCUCCACAAAGUUCAUGGGGCUCUACGAUGGCAGCACCACUGGAAGUGGAACAAAUCACUUUUUUGCAGUGGAGCUUGACACUUUCCAAGACCACGAAUUUGCAGAUAUCAAUGACAACCAUGUCGGCAUUGAUAUUAACUCUGUGAAUUCGACGGUGUCCCGGCCAGCAAGUUACCAAUCUAAUAACAGGAAUUCAUUUGACAACUUAACUCUUAGCAGCGGCCAACGGAUGCAACUCUGGGUGGAAUACGAUGGGGUGGAUGGGAGAAUCGAUGUUACAUUAGCUCCAAUAGCUGCUGCUAAACCAAAUACUCCUCUUUUGUCUUUGUCAUAUGAUCUUUCGCCAAUUUUACAGCAAACCAUGUAUGUUGGCUUUUCUGAAUCCAGCAGUCCACUCGACAUAGGGUUAACUUGUUUUGUACUGGGAUGGAGCUUCAAGAUGAAUGGUGAUGCGCAAGCGCUUGAUAUCUCUAGGCUGCCCAAGCUACCCAGGUCUGGACCUAAGAAAGUUUCUAAAUUUUUCAUCGUGGGAUUGCCCUUGCUUUCCUUACUUUGGCUGUUGAUUAUAGCUUUUGGUGUAGCUUAUUAUUUAAGGAGGAAGUGGAAGUUUGCAGAAGUGCUGGAAGAAUGGGAACUUGCCUAUGGGCCUCACAGGUUCAAGUACAAAGAUUUAUACAUUGCCACCAAGGGGUUUACAGAGAAACAGCUGUUAGGGGAGGGGGGGUCUACAAAGGCGUUUUGCCAACAAACAUGGUUGAGGUUGCUGUCAAGAAGGUCUCUCAUCAAGCAAGACAGGGAAUGA